GGCAUUCAUGAAACUACAUACAAUUCCAUCAUGAAGUGUGACGUGGAUAUUAGGAAGGAUCUUUAUGGAAACAUUGUCCUCAGUGGUGGUACCACUAUGUUCGGGGGCAUUGCUGACAGGAUGAGCAAGGAGAUCACAGCUUUGGCUCCAAGUAGCAUGAAGAUAAAGGUUGUUGCCCCACCUGAGAGGAAGUACAGUGUAUGGAUUGGAGGAUCUAUUUUGGCCUCCCUGAGCACAUUCCAACAGAUGUGGAUAGCAAAGGCGGAGUAUGAUGAGUCAGGGCCUUCGAUUGUUCAUAGAAAAUGCUUCUAAAUGCUGCAUGCUGGAAAAGAGACCUCUGGAGAGAUUUAUACAAGCUGUGCUAUGAAAACAGCUUCUCCUCGGUUGCUAUGCUGCUUCCUUCUCAUUUGUUAUUUUACUUAUUGUUUUCUUUUAUGUUCAUUCUUUCCGAGUUUUUCACAAGAUUUGGCCAGUGGAGACACAAACAGGAUCAUGGCAAAUUUUUAUUUUUAUUUUUUGUUAGUAUUGCUAUUAAGAAGAUUUGUCUACUUUCAUGUUAUUUGGAUUUCUGAUAAAUGAACAUUCUCACUACUGUCAACAGGAGAAUUUUUAUAUGUUA